AAGUGCGCGGUCUUUCUGGCUUUGAUAUGUUAACUAAUCUGCUUUCUUGAUAAGUAUAUCUUAUCUGUACUCAUAAAUUGAACUACUACGAUGAGUUCUAUCACCUUCCUGGUGACGGAACUUCAAUCCCUGGCCAGUGAAACGCGUAGAAAGCAUGCGGACGUACGCGAAGCAGCUGAGAAAGCGAUAACAAUCAUACGAAACCUGCCCGACCAAACAGCCGGCCGCUUGUCCGACGAUGGACCCCAGUCGGACGACCUUCUUCGUCCAGUCUUUAUGGGAUGUGCCACCAAAAAUGCGAAAGUUAUUGCGAUUUCCUUAGGGUCCCUGCAACGUCUCAUUGCACUGCAUGCCGUCCCGCCAGCAGCCGUUCCGGCUAUCGUGACAACGAUGAACGAGUGCAUGAGUCAAGGUGUCGAUAUCCAACUGCGUAUUCUUCAAACCUUGCUUUCCCUUAUUACGAAUUUUCCCGCAAUCCAUGGACAGCUACUUGGAGACGCGCUCCUGCUGUGCUUCAAAAUGCAAGAGUCGCGUAUUGCAGUUGUCUCCUCCACUGCCGCGGCGACACUUCGACAACUCGUCAUGUUUAUCAUUGACAAGGUUGUUGACGAAGAUCGCAAGGACGAUCUCUCACAAAGCGAACUUACUGAGACAGUCCUUCCAGAUGGGACCCAUAAGAACCUUGGACCCUCGGCUUUGGAUGCGUAUUCUGUCGUUGAAGACCUUUGCCUGCUUGCAAACUCAGAGAAACCGCAUUUUCUCAGACUUGGUUCUUUGCCGAAGACGUUUUCUCUCGAACUGAUUGAAAGCGUCUUGACCAACUACCACGACCUCUUCAGGCAACAUAACGAAUUACUAGUUCUCCUCCAACAUCAUUUAUGCCCUCUUCUGUUGAAGUUACUGUCCGACAAACCUCUGUUCCCCUUGACACUGAGGUCAACUCGCGUCGUUUUCAUUCUCUUGAAGCAAUUCUCGAACGAAUUCGUGACGGAAGCAGAGGUGUUCUUAGCUUUACUCAUCAAGAUCAUUGGUGGUGAAUCGGAAUCUGGAUCAUCGGAUGGACAGCCCCGGCCGCUUUGGAUGCGAGUUCUAGCCAUGGAAAUUAUACGAGGCCUUUGCAAUGAUCCUGAUGUAAUGCGUCACAUAUGGGAGUCCUAUGACUCUCAGGAGGGCGGCACUAAGCUGUUUGGCUCGCUCGUGUCUGUUCUCAAUCGACUCAGUACGGAGAAACCGGCCCUACUCGGUAUCUCUUCGCAGAUGUUCGGUGUUGGAGUCUCUUCGCACUCAGAUCAGGGCUCCUCUGUAGGAGCCGGUGGUUAUGGAUUCGAUGUUGGUACUGUCGCAGGUAUGGUGGCGAACGCGGCAAGCGCAACGGUCACAAAUGUCGUGGGCAGAAUGGGUGUAGAGCAUGGACUAGACCUGGUCAACUCUUCAAUGAAGUUGCAGUGCAUUGAUCAGUUAGAUAAAGCUGAUGCGCCUCCCAUUCCAGAGGCCUACAUCUAUCUCUUAGCCCUGCAGUGUCUGGUGUCCAUAUCCGAAGGGUUUGCUGCACAGACGCUACCUCUGUUCAAUACUAUCGUCGUCCAACGGUCGCGUGCAGCAGGCGAGACGACUAUCAAAGCCCCACCAGCUCUCGAUGUUUCAGCCCUCCCAGAAGAUCAGCCUUCAACAAGGCAGUUAAGAUCUGUGCACGGAAUGAUCGACAACGGUUGGCCUGGCCUGCUGGCAGCACUUUCAUUCCUGAUCGCGACAAACUUGUCCGACGAGUUAUUCGGUGAUGUCUUGCAAUCAUACCAGAACCUUGCGAAUGUCGCUGGGAUGCUUGGUCUCACGACCCCGAGAGAUGCUUUCCUGACCAGCCUUGCGAAGUUUGCCAUCCCUUCUCGUGUUGUAUCGAGCCUCGAUACAUACAUUGAACCACCAACACCGCGAUCUUCAAGUGCACUACAAGAAGGCUUCAGUUCUCUUACCGGAGGCCCGUCCUCACCUCCGGGUCUGUCGGAACGCAAUAUGGCCUGCUUGAAAGUUCUCAUUGCCAGUGCUCUAUUCCUCGCUGGGAGCCUCAGAUCUUCCUGGUAUCAGAUAUUCGAGGCGCUACAGAAUGCAGAAUACGUCCUAACUGCGAAGGGUCAGAAGCCUAUAGGAGCAAAACGCCCCAGUACGACGAGCUUAGGAGUGAGUCCUACCAGCAGGUCUGUUUCAACCUCUGCAGCCGGCCAACCGACAAACACUGUUACCUCUCCGCCUCGACAUGUGAUUCUGGCAGACGUGGAUAGCGAGAACAUUCAACGAGCGAUCCAGCGCUUGUUUGAUAGCUCAAAGAAUUUGGAGGAUCCUGCAUUCCGUGACUUCGUGUCUGCUCUAUGUAAGUUAAGCGCUGAAAUGAUCGAGAUGCAGUCGGUCACUGGGAUUUCUUCGGUGGAGCUUGACUCCGAGGAAAGCCUCGCCACAUUGACUACCUCUGUUUCCACCGAGAGCGCACAUAGAAGGCGCGUCAGCGGCAUUCACCUGCCGCGGACACUGCGGUCUAGAGAUUUUAGUAUAAACAAACUUGGAGCUAUAUCACGACUGAAUAUUCUACGCUUCACAUCCAGGUCUCCGGAUAUCGCCUGGACAGUCGUUAUGGGGCAUUUAGUUACCGUCCUGAGGAACAGAAUAGCUCCUCAUUCGAUCAGGUUACAGGCUUCACGAACUCUCGACGAUAUUCUGCUCAUCGUCCCGCGAAAUAUCGGACCUUCCGACGAGCGAAAGACUGCUGUUCAAUGUCUUAUGCUUGACGUUCUUGCGGAACAGGUUGCCCCUGACCCAGUUUCUGGAAAUACGACAACGCUCAUUGAAAUUCGGAAGAUGGGCCUUGAGACACUGCAUCAAAUCUUGCAGUUUGCCGGACAUACUUUGCUGGUGGGAUGGGAAACCAUUUUUGACAUGCUCGGAAGUGCAUGCGAUCCUAUUCCUGCCUCCAUGUCCAGUAUUCCGGAAAGUGUAGUCUCUUCACCAGCUGUCUCUCCAGGUGUGUCAAAACCGCCACCUCUUCAAUUUGUCUCCGUUCCCGACAAAGGCAGUGCGGUACUGGUCAGGAUUGCUUUCCAGUCUCUUACGCUGGUCUGUGACUCGCUGUCCGCAUUGUCACCCGAACAUCUCAGAUUAUGUAUCAGCACGAUUGGCCGCUUUGGCCGACAAGCUGAUACCAACAUUUCUCUGACGGCAGCUGGUAGCCUAUUAUGGGGUGUAUCAGACUCCAUUCAGACAAGAAGGAAGGAUUCUGAGCGAGAGGAGGAAUAUAAUGCCCUUUGGAUGCUCUUGCUCCUAGAAAUGUUGGGCUUGUGUACGGACCUUCGCUCUGAAGUGCGUGUCGGUGCUAUUCAGACACUUUUUCGUGCCUUGCAGCUCUAUGGAAACUCGCUGAGUCUCAAAACCUGGGAUGACUGCUUAUGGAAAGUGACGUUCCCAUUGCUGGAGUCUCUUUCGGAUGCGAUCAAGCAAGUGUCCUUGCCAUCGUCUGCAACCGCAGGCGCUCCUAGUCCUCCUGUUGAAAUAGUGAAGGCUUGGGAUGAAAGCAAGACUCUCGCGCUACAGUCAGUCGGGUCCAUAUUCAACGAUUUCCUUAUAAGCAAGUUCAUUCGCUUAGAUUCGUUCGAACGCGUUUGGGAUACAUUUGUUAUGCAUAUCCAAACCUCAUUCAUGUUUGACUCUGCAUCGAGCUGCACAGCGGCACUUCGGUGUCUAGAGAAGGCCGUCAAAGCUGCCCAUGCAUCGUCGGACGAUGUUGCCGAACGAGUGAAGGUCGUAUGGCACCGAACGUGGGCAGCAUGUGAUGAUAUGGGACAGCUUGUACUGAGGAGAACUCGACCUCCUCUUCCAGGCUAUACUGGUGGUGGCCCUACUUCUAUACCGUUUGACCAAGAUAGUCUGCUUGCUUUCGUUGAUGCAAUCAAGGCAACACGUACUCUGAGCAAAGAGAAAGAGGGCUGUGAAUGGGAGUUAGAGCAACUCACUCGUUUAAUGGCAAUUUUGAAGGGAGUCCUAACUUAUCCCGAUUCACCGAGCUAUCGACCAGAUAUCGACGACUUAACUCUAGUGCAGACUACUGUUGUCGGUGCCAUGAACGACGUGGAUCUGUCGGUGGCAGGGGCUUCUUCGCUAGUCUUACGUGAUCUCUCGGAGAUCUUGACAUUACCAUAUCUCGGUGCGUUUGAUGUGCAUGGUCCUGCAGGUGAUCCAGCUCGACCAUCAAAAGACCCGCGGGUGUCGAAACGUGUGACAUAUAUCGGCUUGACGAAGAAAAUUACGACAAUGCUUUUGGAAAUCUUCCUCCGAUUCAAAGAAGUUGAAGUCAUUUAUGCGGACGGGACACUCGAAUCUGUUUUCUCUGCAUUCGCUGUUCCAAUAAAGCUAAAGUACGAGUGUCCCGCCCCCUCUAAGUAUGGUAGCGAUAUCCCUUUAUGGAAGACUGCCACUACAUCUUUCUUGCUCAUUGUGAAAGAGUCCACGAAGAUGCUGAGAUCUUCAGAGAAAGAGAUUCCGAAUGAACGAGUUGAAGGUAUUUGGCGGCAUAUCAUAGACGUAUUCCGAGGCGGAAUCCUUGCCGAUUGUCGGAUUGCAGAAAGUUUAUCGCUGGAAGAACAAGAGGCGGAAGAAAUGUUCGACAUUUCCCUCGUCGCCUCCCUGGAAACGGAUGUUGUGCCUUUCGUUGGAGAUAGUCGUGUAUCGGACCAGAUUGUCAUUCAGCUUGCGAAGACGCUUCAUCGGGGAAGCCUUCUCUAUUUAACUGACGACUCUGCAUGGGAUGAACGUUCUUUAACGCCUCGUUCUGUUUCGUCGUCGGAGAAUACAGCUGUGGAUUAUGUCGGAUCUACAAUGAAUGUCGACAUCACUUCACGAGAACGGUUCGCGUAUUGGUGUCUGGAUCUCCUGUUCCUCAUUGGCUCAGAUUUAGUGAAAGAUGAGGAGCUAUUAAGGCGCCGUAUCGCCACACUUACCCUUCCUAUCCUGCUUCAUCGCUGCCGUACAACUCUUGUCUCCUAUCUUGCCGAUGAAAUGCUCCGAGGGAGCUAUCCAUUUCCAAGAGCACGUGAAGAGGAACUUGUCUACAUCCUCAAGAAGCUGCUGGUACUGCGCCUUUGGCCGGGUUCACUUUGGGCCGCAUUUUCUCCAUCCCCGUCGGCAUCCUGUUCCGAGCAACCGGGUGUGGAAGCGAACUUGUCACCCCCACAGCUUUUCGCGGAAGCGUCAAAGCGAUCCAACAAAGCGCAUCUGUUCCAUCUCUACACACCCUUGUGUCAAAUUGCCGCUCUACCCCGGAAGCCGCCAGUAGCUUGGGCUCCGGUCUUCUCCGAUGGUGGGAUGAAGAAAGGAGGCUCUUCGCUACCGGCAACUGAUCCUCAGCCGGGGAAGGUAUCUCUUGUUGCUACAAAUGCAGAGUCUCCAGAUGUAGAGGAGCUUGACGCGCGUGAGCUAGCUUCUGCGUGCCUCGCGGAAAUUGGAAGAGAGUUGGGUGUAGCAUAGGCACUUUCACUUUUCUUUUACCUUUUUUCCUUGUUUUACCUUUAAUUUAUUAGUUUCGGUGUUUCUAAUAGUCCAUCAGUUCCUUAGUGUUUUGUCUGUAGCUUUGGUGAAGGCUUCUGCGCAGGCGGAAAUACUUUCAC